AUGUCCUGCAUGAAUCUUCGCCAAGCCACUCCAGAUGAUGCAUCUGUGCUUUGCGAAUUAGGCGCUCUUACGUUCACCCACACUUUUGGGCAGUUGUACACAUCCAAGGACCUGCAGGAUUUCCUUGCGACAACAUACACGGUUGAGCAACAUCUCAUUCCAUUAACUGAUUCCCGUGAAUCACUUUGGCUGGUGGAGGAUGAAAAUGGCCAAGCCAUGGCUUUCGGAUGGGCUGGAGCCUGCAAGCUGCCUGUACCAAACCUCGAAUCGAACGCAGGUGAGAUCAAACGCCUCUAUGUACACCCAGACCACCAAGGCAAGAAGCUAGGCAGUCGUAUACUCGAGAGAAUGUUAGCCUGGCUUGGAGAUGAGGGAUUUGAACCUUUAUAUAUUGGUGUCUGGUCUGAGAACUACGGUGGACAACGCUUAUAUGCCCGCUAUGGCUUCGACAAAGUCUCCGAGUAUGAAUUCGCCGUUGGCAACCAUCGCGAUCGCGAAUUUAUUCUAAAGCGUACUUGA